AUGUCAUCGUCCCCAGCAAUCCCCACAAAGCGAAAAUCGGACGGAAAACUGGGCCUGGAAUCCGGCCGCGAAACAGCUCGCAAGAGAAAAUCAUCCUCGGGCCGUUCGCAGAAAGCUUCGUUGAAGGGAGACGUGCCACCCCUCGGGAAGUUCCUUGCAAGUAAUCACAAGGCGACUAGGGAUCGAGCGGUCGAUGCUCUGCGGAAGUUUCUGAGUGGACAGGUCGGAUCUGAGGAAGACCAGUUUCAAGAUGAUCUAUUCGAUGCCCCACCUUCCGCCGAAAAAUGGGGAAUGAUUGGAGAGAGUAACGGCCGGCUGGAUGAGAUCGAACUGGCGAAGCUUUACAAGGGUCUGUUCUACUGCUACUGGAUGUCAGACAAGCCGAUCGUCCAGCAACACCUCGCCCAAGAAUUGGCAGACCUGUGUCUGAUCAUCCGGCCCGCUCGAUCCUCAGAGGAUCGUCUACUCGACCAGGUCGUCACCACCCAAACCGCCCUCUCGUUCUGGAAACAGUUUUGGGUCGCCCUGGGCUGUGAAUGGCAAGGAGUCGACAAACAUCGACUGGAUAAAUACCUCCUGUUGAUGCGCAGAUUUGUCGAAGUAGCAUUCAAGAUCCUCCAACGAGCUCAUUGGCACCCCAAAGCGAUCGAACUUUGGUCUGAAAUAUUGAAGCAAACCGUGUUGAAUGUUGCAGACUUUAAGACGCCGCAAUCGAUCACCUACCACGUCAGCGACAUCUUUCUUGAAGAACUCAACCGGGUGCUUGAAAAGCGACCCGACCGACCAGCCCCGAUCAUCCCACUCCUCGCCCCACUGAUCCAUGGACUCUCACAAUCCCGUCCAGGAACAGCCACGUUUCGAAAGAUCCUUGAGAAUGUCUUCGAGCCACUGUUUGCAAACCUCGAACUAUUCCUCUCAGAGCGAACCAAGAUGCCGAAGAGUUCGACGAUCGACAUCUACCCUACCUUCGAGACCAGCCUGCUCUCUUCCACCGAACAGCCAGCCACCUCACCUCCCCGGACUGACUGCCAGGCCAUCCGAACCGACCUCCUGUCCUUGCUGUUCCAAGCUGGCUCCGACCCUCUCUGUUCAGAUUCCAACCGGAAGAAGAUUUACAACUAUUGGCAUACCCAGCGCGGGAUUGAUGACGAAGAGGAAGCCGACCCGACGGACGAAGGCAAAUAA